UUUCCUUAAAUUUAUUUUUAUUCAAAAAAUUUCCCUCCUCAUAAACUUAAAUAUAUUCUUCAAUUACACGCAAAAAUAUCCAACAUUUUCCAUUAUUUCUGCUUUCUUCUUCAUUAUUUGUUUAUCUUUGAUCCAUUAUUGGCUUAGUUCUUGAUUCUUUAGAAGCUGUAAAAAAUGGCUCAAUUAUUGGCACCUGUUUGCACAGAUUCCCUCAAAUUGCAAAACCCACUGCAGUAUUUUUCUUCAAGAAGCAAAUGGCCAAUUUUGGCUAAUAAUUUUAAUAAUCCGAAUUGGAGCUCAAUUGGUCAUUCUGGAAAGAAGAGAGGAUUAGGGAGGAUUAAAGUUGCUUAUCAAGAUUCUGCAGCAUCUGAGGAAAUUGCUGAUGAUUAUUAUGCUGUUUUGGGUUUGCUUCCUGAUGCUACACCCGCGCAAAUAAAGAAGGCAUAUUAUAAUUGCAUGAAAGCUUGUCAUCCAGAUUUGAGUGGUGAUGAUCCCGAGACCACGAAUUUUUGCAUGUUUAUCAAUGAAGUCUAUGAGAUUCUUAGUGAUCCUGUGCAAAGGAGAGUUUACGAUGAGAUCCAUGGGUACACUGCUACAGCAAUCAACCCUUUCCUUAGUGAUUCAUCGCCGAAAGAUCAUGUAUUCGUUGACGAGUUUAGCUGCAUAGGCUGCAAAAAUUGUGCCAAUGUUUGCCCGAAAGUUUUUGGCAUUGAGGAAGACUAUGGAAGAGCUAGAGUUUACGAUCAAUCUGGAAACGCUGAUUUAAUUCAACAAGCUAUAGAUAGCUGCCCAGUUGAUUGUAUCCAUUGGACUUCUGCUGCACAACUAUCUUUGCUUGAGGAUGAAAUGCGAAGAGUAGAAAGAGUAAAUGUUGCCUUCAUGCUUUCAGGAAUGGGCGGUGGAUCAGUGGAUGUUUUCAGAAUGGCAAGCAUUCGGUGGGAAAAACGACAAUCUAAAGUCCUGGAACAAGCUAAAAUCAGAAUGAUGAAGAAGAAAGAUUCUGAGAAACCUGAAUCAUACUGGGACAAUCUAUGGGGCAAUGCUAAAGACUAUGCAAAUACAGAGGAAGAAGUGGAAGAAAGAACAAAACGAGCUGCAGUAGCUGCUCGAAGAUGGAGAGAGUACUCAAGGAGAGGCGCUGAUAAACCUCCUACCUUUAAACUUCCGGAGGCCAUCUCCAAUGACAAUUGACGUACUACGUCCUAACCGACUUUCUAGCAUAUGGUACAUGCAUCUCACCUUUGUAAUAUAUGGUUGUAUAUGAUUGAUGCAUUUAGAUAUAGUCUAUUCUUGAUAGUCGCGGCUCAAUGUAAUUAUAUACCCAAAAUUAAGCUCUGUAUGUCUAUCUGUAUGUAAUAGUUAAUCAUAAUUUAACAA